AUGAAUAAUUGUUCAAUCUCUCGCGGUUCGGCGAACGAAGAAAUGACGCGGAUAAAUCGCUAGCGAUUUGUUAAGACAACGAAACGCAGGGAAUCUAUUGAAAUAAGAUCGUGAUGUGUGACAGUUCGACAAAGGGUCAACGAACGAUCGUGUUGCGACACUUGCCGUGAGCGGCGCUAGCGUACAGCAAAUUUUUCAAUUGACUCCAUGCGAUGCGUGCGACUGCGUGCGACACGUGUCUACGCGUGCUACAUCAACCAUGAGGAACAACGCGAGAAAUGUCAAAGAUAAAGGUCGGACGGAUAAGGGCGAUAACGAGGAUAAACCACGGGAGAAGAAGUUUGAUAAAAAGAAAUACAGAUUACAGAAAUACAGCAACAAGUAUAAAGUAAAUCAAUGGGAGGAGAGGAGGAAGAAGGCUGUGUUACGCGAAUUUUAUAAAGACCUUACGAAGGAACAACAGAAUUCAUUGGGAACGUCGUUAAACACGUCCGAAAAUGCGGAUGAGGCGAGCAGCAAGUUGAACAAGAAGGGCUACGCCUUUUUCAAGGCUAAGCGAGAGUAUAAGCGGAAACAUGAGGAGAAGAUGAAAAGGAAAGAGGAAGCCAUUCGCAAAAAGGCGGAACGAGAAGAGGCCUUGAAGAAAUACAAAGAGAAGAAAAUGCGCAAUUUCAAGUUGUUGUCGAAGAAGACGAAGAAAGGACAGCCUGUCAUGAAAGGCAGAAUUGAAUUGUUGCUAGAAAAGAUACAGCGUAGCACGACGUAAUCAGUGAUUGCUGCUUCAUCUCUGGUUAGACUGAUUUAAUUAUCUCACAUUAUAGCUUAAUGGAGCAUUUGGAGGAGCAGUGGAAUGUUUUCGCUUCUGUACAUGAUGUAUAUUGUACAUUACAUGGCGCCAUGUGUACAUAAAUGUUUUAAUAAUAGCACAUUUUACUUUAUUGAAUUUUUGCCACACGAGAUUGUCUUCAAAUUUGUUACAUUAUAUAUUUCAUGUAAUUGUAUCAUUUGAAGUGACAAUUGCAUGUAUAAUCGUUCAUUAAAUUGUAAUAAAAUGAAGUAAUUAUAUAAAUAAAUUAUAGAAAAAUAGAGAAAAUAUAUAAAGUAAAUGAAAUU